AUGGCUAGUCGUUGUUCUGGUGCUCUCCGACUCUUCUCCCGGUCUACCACCUUUUCACAGCGUCCGAGGACGCUCUAUGCCCUUCGGUAUGCAUCGACUGAAGCAGCCCCAGCAUCAACUUCUACGCCUCCACCACCUCCCACCGCCGACCCCAAGAUUUCACGAAUCGUCGAUGACAUUUCGGGAUUGACACUGCUGCAGGCCGCUGACUUGGUGACGCAACUCAAGACUCGACUGAAUAUCCAAGAAAUUGCUAUGCCAGCAGCAGCACCAGCAGCAGCGCCCGCCGGUGGUGCGGCCGCGGCUUCCGACGAACCUGCCGCUGAGAAGCCCAAGGAGAAGACUGUCUUCAACGUCAAGCUCGAGUCCUUCGACGCUGGCUCAAAACCCAAGAUCAUUCGGGAAGUCAAGGCACUGGUGCCUAACCUCACCCUCAUUGACGCCAAGAAAUUCGUCGAGUCACUACCCAAGAUGUUGAAGGAGAACCUCUCCAAGGAGGACGCUGAGAAGCUCAAGAAGGCCUUUGAGGAUCUCGGCGCCGUGGUAAAACUCGAGUAG